UUGCUCCCUUCCCCCAAAGCGAUCCCGUCACAGCCGCUUCGCAGCGAAAGCAGAGGGGAGAAAUCCUCGCCCGUUCAGCCCCCGAGCGUUGAUUCUCUACGUGUAUCUUUCUAUGGAGCCGAUGAUCGGAGAUCGGAGGCCCGACGCCCUCGGCACCCUCCGUGUCCUUCCCGACGAGACCCUUUGCGCCAUCCUCGAUCUCCUCUCCCCGACCGAUCUUGCCCGCCUCUCUUGCGUCAGCAGUGUUAUGUAUAUACUCUGCAACGAGGAGCCACUGUGGAUGAGUCAGUGUCUUAGAGAUGGAGGUCUUGUUGAGUACAGAAGCAGUUGGAAGAAGACAACACUGCACAGGCAAAACCUCUAUACCAAAUCUGAAAUUUGUGAAAAACCUCGGCAAUUUGAUGGAUUCAUCUCUUGGUUUUUGUACAAAAGAUGGUACAGAUGUUUUACCACUUUGACUGCAUACUCAUUCGACUUUGGAGAUAUCGAAAGAAAGAAGAGUAUUACCUUGGAGGAGUUUCAGUCUGAGUACGAUGGCAAAAGGCCAGUUUUGCUUACUGAAUUGGCCUAUACUUGGCCAGCAAGAACUAAGUGGAUGGUUGACCAACUAUCAUUGAACUAUGGGGAUGUUGCAUUUAGUAUAUCUCAAAGGAGUUCUAAGAAGAUUACCAUGAAAUUCAGAGAUUAUAUCUCAUACAUGGAAGUUCAGCAUGAUGAAGAUCCCCUAUACAUUUUUGAUGAGAAGUUUGGGGAAGUUGCACCAUCCCUCUUGGAUGAUUAUAGCGUUCCUUAUCUCUUCCAAGAAGAUUUCUUUGAUGUCUUAGAUCCAGAUAAACGACCUGCAUUUAGAUGGCUAAUUAUUGGGCCAGAAAGGUCCGGAGCAUCUUGGCAUGUUGAUCCAGCAUUGACCAGUGCCUGGAACACACUUCUUGUUGGACGAAAAAGAUGGGCACUUUAUCCGCCAGGUAGAGUGCCUGCAGGUGUUACUGUACAUGUGAAUGAAGAAGAUGGUGAUAUUAAUAUUGAAACCCCAACAUCCUUGCAGUGGUGGCUGGAUAUCUAUCCUCAGCUUGCUGAUCAUGAUAAGCCAUUAGAAUGUACUCAGUUGCCUGGUGAGACUAUAUUCGUGCCCAGUGGUUGGUGGCAUUGCGUGCUAAAUUUAGAAACAACUGUUGCUAUCACACAAAACUUUGUGAAUAAAACAAACUUCGAGUUUGUAUGUCUGGAUAUGGCUCCUGGUCAUCGUCAUAAAGGAGUAUGUCGUGCUGGAUUCCUGGCUGUCGAAAAUAAUUUUCUUAGAAGUGUAGAAAGUGAUGGGUUUCCUAAAACAAGUUCAUUGGACGACCCUGAUAUGCCUAGGAAAGAAAAAAGACUCAAAGGUUCAGGUCUUGGGAGCAAACCAUUUCAAUUCAAUGACAGUUGGCGUGCUGAAAAUGCACUGUCCCCGCUCCAUAGUAAGAUCCAGGAUGAGAGUUUCUCUUAUGACAUAAGCUUUUUAUCUACAUUUUUGGAGGAAAAUAGAGACCACUAUAAUUCUGUUUGGAGCCCUAGCAACUCCAUUGGGCAAAGAGAAAUGCGAGAAUGGUUAUACAAGCUCUGGAUUUCAAAACCAGCAAUAAGAGAAUUAAUAUGGAAGGGAGCACAAAUAGCUUUAGACAUCGACAAAUGGUAUGCACGCUUGAUAGAAGUUUGUACAUGCUAUAAUCUGCCCCCGCCUUUGGAUGAUGAGAAGUUUCCUGUUGGCACAGGUAGCAAUCCUGUUUAUCUUGUUUCUGACUAUGUAAUAAAACUCUUUGCUGAAGGGGGUCUGAAUUCUUCUAUUCACAGUUUGGGCACUGAGCUUCAGUUCUACCAUCUUCUUCAACAUACCAACUCAUCUCUGAAAGAUCAUGUUCCUGAAAUUUUUGCAAGUGGGCUUCUAUCCGAAGAAAAUGGCUUUCUUAAAAUAUUUCCAUGGGAUGGAAAAGGGGUCCCUGAUGUGAUUGCCAAUUGCAAACUUAUAGGAGAUUGCAUGAAGGAUAGUUUUCCCUUUGGUAUAUGGAGCAAGAAAAAGAUCGAACUUGCUGAUGCAGGAUCCAUUCCAUGCACAAAGAUGUGGCCUUACAUAGUAACUAAAAGAUGCAAAGGGGAUAUUUUUGCUAAUUUGCGGGAUACACUCUCUAGGGAUGAUGCCUUACAUUUGGCUUCAUUUUUGGGAGAACAACUGCGAAAUCUUCACCUCUUACCCUUACCUUACUUCCAUUAUAGAAACAAAUUAAAUGUCAAUAAUGCUUCAACACAAGUGACUUCUGAAGAUAAUAAUAUUCCACUGGACUGGGAACUUAUUGUUAUGGCUCUGAAUAGAAGAACAAGGGAUGUUCAAAAACGUCUCAGCAUAUGGGGGGACCCUAUACCAAGACAUCUAAUAGAGAAGGCUGAUGCAUAUAUUCCACAUGACCUCACGAUGUUGCUGGACUUAACAAAGGAUGAUAAUGGCUUGUACAAGGUUGGUGUAUCUCCUACUUGGAUACACUCAGAUAUCAUGGAUGACAACAUUCACAUGGAACCAUGCCAACCUAUUCCUUGCUUUGAGCAUUCUUCAUGUUUAGCUCUAGCUGUUAAUGGAGAAUUGGAUGCUCAUGAAACAGAAGGAAGGCUAAGGAAAUGGCAGCCAACUCACAUUAUUGAUUUUAGUGACCUGUCAAUAGGUGAUCCUUUAUAUGACUUGAUUCCAAUAUAUCUGGAUGUUUUUAGAGGAGAUGAAGUUCUUUUUAAACAGCUUUUGAGAAGCUAUAGACUUCCCUUGUCAAAAGCAUCUAUACAUGGUGCACACUCUUGCAAAGUACCAGAGAACGAGGCGAAGUUCAAAAGACUGUCAUAUCGAGCCAUGUGCUACUGUAUCUUACAUGAAGAGAAUGUGCUCGGAGCUAUAUUUAGUUUAUGGAAGGAAUUAAGGACUGCAGCGUCUUGGGAGGAAGUAGAAGAAACAGUUUGGGGGGAGUUGAAUAAUUAUCAAUGUUCUUAUUGAGGAAACUUAUCGGCAACUGAAUCUGCCUGAUCAAUCUCGAAUCUCCAGAUUCUGGUUACAUUGUCAUACGAUCAGGUUCGUCAAAUGUGAGACUCCGGUUACAGUGGCAUACUCUGGGCUAUAUUAUGUGAAAGAUCCAUAUCAUUUCUUUUUGUAACAUAUACUUUUUUUUUCCUUUAUUACACAUGUUGAGUCACAGGAUUAAGAUGGCAAAUCGGCUUCAAGGUGAAGUUCUGUGACUUCAUCUGGUAGUUCUAUUUGUGCAACUGAGUUAUUUUGUAUCUGGGUAGAUACAUUGUCAUCAUUGUUGUAGCUCCAAGUUUAAGAUGAUUACAUCAGUAUUUUGCCAGGGACA